AUGGCCUCGCAGGACGUGCUCAGCCAGACCACCCGGCUGGCCUCCUCCAGCGCUUUGCUGCAGGUGUUGUUCCGGGUGGUCACCUUCGGGCUGAACGCCUUCACUCUGCGCUACCUCUCCAGAGAGCUGAUCGGCGUGGUCAACGUGAGGCUAACUCUACUGUAUUCAACAGUUGUCUUCCUAGCCAGGGAGGCAUUUCGCAGAGCUUGUUUGAGUGGAAGUACAAAGCGAAACUGGACUAAAACAAUUAAUCUAUUGUGGCUGACGGUUCCUCUUGGUGUUUUUUGGUCUAUUUUCUUGGGCUUAGUCUGGCUACACUUGCUUGAAGUACCUGAUCCUUCUGUGGUUCCUCAUUAUCAGGCUGGUGUAGUGGCAUUUGGCCUUUCUGCAGUUAUUGAACUUCUGGGAGAACCGUUCUGGGUUUUGGCACAAGCUCAUUUGUUUGUGAGACUUAAGGUUAUUGCUGAAAGCCUUUCGGUAGUGUCAAAAUGCAUUUUGACAGUUAUUUUAGUAGUCCUUUACCCUCAGUGGGGCCUCUACAUUUUUUCCUUGGCUCAGCUUUUAUAUGUCAGUGUUCUGGUAAUGUGCUAUGUAAUUUAUUUUGUGAUGUUUUUGGGGUCUCCUGAAGCAACAAAGAAGUCAUUUCCAGUUGCUAGAAUGAAAGCUCUAUUACCUAACUUUGUGGAAGAUGAGACCUUUGUUAACUGGAAGGAAGCACGGUUGACUUGGAGUUUCUUCAAACAAUCCUUCUUGAAACAGAUUUUGACAGAAGGUGAACGAUAUGUGAUGACUUUUUUGAACGUGUUAAAUUUUGGAGAUCAGGGUGUAUAUGAUACCGUGAAUAAUCUUGGUUCACUGGUGGCCAGGUUUAUCUUUUUGCCUAUUGAGGAGAGUUUUUAUGUCUUUUUUGCUAAAGUGUUGGAAAGAGGGAAGAAUGUAAAGGAUCAGAAGCAGGGUGAUGUUGCUAUGGCUGCAAAUGUAUUAGAAUUGCUGUUGAAACUUGUGCUUCUGAUUGGCCUUACCAUCACAGUUUUUGGCUAUGCCUAUUCUCAGCUGGCUCUGGAUAUUUAUGGAGGCUCAAUGCUCAGUGCUGGAACAGGUCCAGAUCUCCUCCGAUGUUACUCUUUAUAUGUCCUAUUUCUUGCUAUCAAUGGAGUAACAGAAUGUUUUACAUUUGCUUUGAUGUGCAAAGAAGAGGUAGACAGGUACAAUUUUGUUAUGCUGGCCUUGUCCUUCACAUUUCUGUGCAUCUCUUACUUCUUGACCCACUGGCAUGGCAGUAUAGGCUUUAUCCUUGCCAACUGCUUUAACAUGGGUAUUCGAAUAGCUCACAGCACCCACUACAUCUAUGAUUACUUCAAAGAGAGCACUUACAGACCUUUGACAGGCUUGCUUCCCUCACCAUUUUUGGUAUUUGUUUAUAUCAUAAGUGGAGUAAUCACUGGUUUCUCAGAGGUAUUCUUCUGCUGCGAUAAGGGUUGGAUGGCAAGGCUGAUUCACAUCAGCAUGGGUGCUCUGUGCUUUGCAGCAACCACUGCUACUAUGUUCUGCACAGAGACCAAGCUGAUCCACUUUGUCAGAAGCCAGUUUCUCUCCCGGUAUAUGAAGAAAGGAACAUGA